CUUCGAGGCAGCGUCUAGUGCCCAGGUGCUGCAUCGGACGAGCCGUAGACCUUGUUUUUCGUCCAAAAGAGCUGUUGGAACGAAGGCGAGGCGGUGCCGCGGCGGAGGUGAAGCAGCUCGUCGAGUAGAGCAUCCCCCGACCCCUCUACCCCCCUUGAUCUGAAGCGACACUCCCUUCCACCUUCGGCAUUUGCCCAUCCAUCGAGCUGAGACGACGGGAGACCGACCCGGCGCUGUCAGCGGCAGUCUGACCGACACACCCCUCGAGCUCCCUGUCUUGGCAUCGUCGACGCGGCGCCGCGGAGGCAGCAAGCCGUCGGCGCCAUGAUGAUCGAUCCAACCCCGACAACGCAUGCGUGGUCAGCGGGUCGGCCGAGAGGACCAUCCCAGGUGGUCAAUGGAGUCGGAGGCCAGCCAUCCCCCCCUGCCAGCGGUGCGCCAGAGGCCCAGGGAGACUUCCCCGCUCUCUCCGGCUCCCCCGCCUCACCCGAUGCAUCCGACCGCAUCGAGCGGCUCAACUCACAGGGCAGCGCGUGGAGCCGCGGGCCGUCGUUUCUCCACCACGGCAACGGCGAGGGCGAGGAGGGCGGCGGUGGUGGUGAGCGUGCGGGCCAGGGCGUCGUCUCCUACUCGCGCAGUGAGCUGUACGAGUUGAUUUGCUGCGUUGACCGAGACGAGGAGGGCCGGCUGCCGCACCACGACCAAAUCAGCUGCGAGAUCCACCGGCCGGAGGGUCUCCGACACCCCAAGGACGCGGGAUUCCUGUACCAGUACACGGCUCCCAAAGACCGCGACAGAGACGGUGAGGAAGGGGGAUGGAUGACACACCGCAAAGCACCACAAAAUGACUCACUCUCAUGUGUGUGUCCAUCUGUCUCACUCUGUCUGUCUGUCUGUGUCUGUCUGUGCGUGUGUGUGUGUGUGUGUAUGUGUGUGGUCUUUCAGACUACCGCGGUCCAGGUCCCCGUCGUGAGCGCAUAGAGUACGAUGAGGGCGAACACCACGAGGAGCACGAAGGCAUGGACGAGGACCACCGGGCGCCCAAGGAGGGCUCGCCCCCAUUCGGACCCCACUAUCGAGGCGGCAUGGACAGAGACAGAGACCUCAGGCCAAGGUACACACACACACACAGAGAGAGAGAGAGAGAGAGGGAGGAGAGAGAGAUAGACUAGACGUGCUCAGUGCGCCUAUCUAUGGGUUGUGUCUGUCUGUGUGCAUAUAUCAGGGGUCCUCCACGUCGUGAGGCCAGCGGUGAGGAGGAGGACCGCAACCGUGACCGCCUGCGCAGCCGCCCAUACGAGCGAGACCGAGACCGAGACCGCCGACCGCUGGGCCCGCCGGGCAUGGCUACCGGCGAGGGGACCGAGGAGCGGAGAUGGAACUGGCGACAAGAAAGAGGGUCAGUGAGUUAGGUGGUCACACUCACACACCAUCACACACCAUACACCACACACACCCGAGGUGAUUGACGCGUGUUUCUCCGUCCCUGUCUGUUGUCUGACAAUUGUCAGUCGUGACGGCCCCGUCCCGCCCGGCAUGUUCCACCGAGACCGUGACCGCCCGAUGCGCGAUUUUCGAGACCGGGAGCCCCGCGACAGGGAGGGGUACGAGCCUCGCGAGCGGCGCAUGCGUGACGACCGUGACUGGGGCCGUGUUCGGGCCGACGACCGAGAGGAGGGCCGGUACAGAGACGAAGACGAGAGGGACCGGGACGAGGAGGACCGCCAGCCGCGAUUCGGUGGCCGCCCGCGAGACAGAGACCGGGAGCGGGAACGGGACAACGAAGAGGAGCCUGAGCGGUGAGGCAGACAACACACAUAGACACAAAGGGAGGGAGGGAGGGACGGACUCAUCCAAUCCACGCCUGCAUCUUAUCUUCCGUCCCUGUUGUGUUGGGUUAUCUUAUGGUAUGUAUGUUGUCUUGUUUGUGUCAGUUGGAAGAUGCUUCGUGUCGGUCUUCGCGAGCGAGAGCAACGCGAGCGCGACCAAGGCCGCGACCGGGACCGGGACCGCAGAGACGCCGGCAGGGACCGACGCGACAUGGACAUCGAGAAGGAGCAGGCCCCAGCCCCACCCGACACCCGACAGCAGCAAGGCAAGGAGAGCCCCUCGGCGGCAGCAGCAGCAGCAGUAGCAGCCGGCCGUGCUGAGAGCCCGACAGGUGCUGAGGGCACCCCGAAGGACGACAAGAAGGCCAUCGGAGGUGUGUUGGGUCUGGGGCUCAAGAAGCCCGACAUUGGCACGGGCUCGUUCCGCCCCGGCGGCCUGUCGUGGAAGGAUCGCAGCGAGAGUUCGGACAAGUUGGGCAAGGAGGAGCCGCCCGGUCGUGUGCGUGAGGGCAGCGGCGAGGGCCCUGAGGUUGGCCCGACUGGCGAGGAUGUGGCCGUGGUCAUGGACGAGAAGGAAGAGGCGGCUGAGGGACAGUACUGGGAGGACGAUGAUGAGCAGGUGCGUGCGUGACAGAUAGAGCAACCUGUGCGUCCGUCCACCUGGGCUAUCUGACACACUUGUGUGGUGUGUUGUCAUGUCGGUCAGUUCAUGCCCCUCACCCGCUCAUUGAUGGCUCGCCAGCAGCGUCAAGAGGAGGAGUCCCCGCAGCCUACCAAGCCCGAGCCGCCCCCCAUCCCACCGGCACCCGAGCAGCCUCCACCAGCAAUGCCCGAGAGAGAGGCACUACCAGCCGUCUCUCCCCUCUCCCACACGGACAUGGCGUACCAGCCGUCACCCGUGUCGCCCAUCAAGCAGCUUUCGCCCAUUCCCCCGGCACCCAUUGGCCCACCACCCCCUCCCAAGGCUCCAGAGGCCCCCGCCCUGCCGGCGGCCGAGGCAGACACCAGCGCGCCAGCUGCCACCAGAGUGUCUCGUGUGCAGUCCUCCGUCACCCAGGCCCAGGCAGGGCCGGCAGCAGCGGCUGGUGGCCCAGGCAGGCCCAAGCAGAACAAGUCCCUGUCGCUGCUCGAGCGCAUCGGAAUCAGCACGCUCGGCGGGGACGAGUCUGAGGAGGACGACGAGCGAAGCCCCGUGCAGCGUGAUUUCCGCGCCGCUGACCAGGGCGGCGUGGCACCACAACUGGAGCAGCAGCAGCAGCCGAGUGGACAGGAGGGCUUCGGCCCCUUCGCUCCCCAGCCGAGCCUGUUUGGCGGUGCCAUGGCGAUGGGAACAGUGCCCACAAUGGGCGACGGCUCGCGCGAUUUCCGCUACGACGGGGCUGUUGGGGUGGUGCCGGCGAGUGUGAGCGCCCCGAUGGCGCCAGCGGGUCCGGUGCCGAACGACCAGGGGCAGGGGCGGAUGCUCCUGAGUCUGAUCAAUGGAUCCACCAACAUGCCUGAUGCAAGUAAGCUAAACACGAGACGGUGCAGUGCAGCCAUCCAUCAUUAUGUCCGUCUCUCUGUCUGUCUGGUUGUGUGUUUGUGUGUUAGCAUUCAUCAACCGUCCAGGCCCAUUUGCCGGAGGCCUCAGCCGUGACGUGACGGGCGGCUCCUUCGCCUCGGCCAGCAGCCAGCCUGAAGAUAUGGGCCCCCGGGAUCGUGCUGCAGCUGCUGCUGCGGCCGCCCGCCCCCCUCCCCAGCAAGACACCUUUUUUGGUCCGAUGCCUAGCGACACCAUGCCGCUGCAGCAAGGCCCCAUGUCGAUGAUGGCCGCACAGGGCAUGGGCGUGCCUCAGGCUUUCCCACCGGAGCCCUCGAUGGAAGUGCUCAACUCGUGGCCGCCCCUGCGGUAUGACAACAUGCCGUCGCAGUCGCCGGUGACGGUGCGGGUGGUGCGGCGCGGGUCUCGCCACGUGGUGGGCCAGGUGGAGCAGCCGUACUCGAUGGAGGCCGGCGUGUGGUACUACAUCGACCUGCAGGCCCAGGUGCAGGGGCCCUUCAACAGCCAGCAGCUGCACCAGUGGAGCAACUACUUCAAGGACGACAACCUCUUCCACCUGAUGUGCAACCUCGGGCAGCACCCGCAGCCCUGCCCGCCACACCAGCAGCCCCUCUACGGACACGGCUUCUACCCCAAAGUCCUCUUCUUCGCCAAGAACGACCCCCGCGGCCCGGCAUUCACCUUCCCCGUCUCCAACAUCCCCCUCAGCAUCGUCAACUGCCCCGGUGUGAGGGCGCCACCCACCCUGCCCGGACCAGAGGUCAUCCACAUGGCGCCGCAGCGUCAGAUGGGCGCCGGGGGCUUCCAGCACGGCCAGGGGGCGGGGGGAGGAGGCUUUUGGCCUCCCGCACAGGGCGGCAUGGGGCACCAUCACGUCGACGAUCACGGAAACGGGCCUUACAACGCCGCCAGUACUGCGAUCGACGCCGGGAGCGACCGACAGCUGUCGCAGCCGAUGGAGCCUGUGGCUCGAGAGGUCUCGCUGCCGUCUGCAGCAUCCCCCCCUCAGCCGACGGCCACUGAUGAAGACGGUUUUUGGAGUGUGGAGCCAGCUGCCCCCGACGGCAGCCAGAAGGACGGGGGCAUCGGUGUUGGUGCUGUGGUUGAGCACAGUCAGGAGUCGCCUGUGGUGGGCGGCGAGGUCAUGGACGAGGCUGCCGGCAAGGGCGGGGAGGCAUCGGCCAAAGCUGCGCGAGCGAGACGUCGCGGAGGCAGGGUAAGAAUCGAGACCUCACACACACACACACGACCAACACACCUCUCUUGUCCCGUCCCAUGUAUCUGUGUGCCAGGGCCGCAAGGGCAGCAGCGGUGAGUUCGAAGAGACGCCCCCGGACGCCUCCACCCCGGUCGAGGAGCCAUCCCCGCAGGCCGACGAGGACUUCCACGAGGUGGUGCGCAAGGGACGCGCCAAAGCCAAACCCAAGGCAGCCGGCAAGAAGUCGCCCACAGGCACCGGUGCGGGCAGUGGCGAGAUGGUCGACUCUCUGUCCAAGGGCACCACGCCCGUGGGCGCCACCAACAACCGCGAGGCCUCCAGCCACCUCAAGUCGAUCCUCGGCGUGGGCAACGACGGCACGGGGCAGCCACCGGCCAGCAUGAUACCGCAGUAUCCGCUGAGACCAUCAAACACGCCGAAAGGAGCGGUGAGUGAGCUGAGCCCUCAUUCCUCUCAAACACCUUCCCACUCUGAAUGCAAUGCUCCACCCUCCCUCUCUGUGUGUGUCUCACUCAGGACGCCACUCAGCGAAAAGUUUACGUGGAGCACCGUCGCCAGAACGACUCCUCUGGCGGCAGUGGCAGUGGCGGGUAUGCGGCCCUGCCGGUGUCGACAGGCGCGGGUUCGAUGCAUGGGAUCCUGGAGGAGCAGGAGCGCGAGAGGCAGCGCCGUGUGCGUGAGGAGGAGGACCGGCGGGAGGUGCUGCGGCUGCAGAGGGAGGAGCGGGAACAGCUGCAGCGGAUGCAGGGACCAAACUCGUAUGCCUCCACUGUGGUGAGGGAGUGAGGGAGGGAGGGAGGGAGGGAGACACACACAGACAUGUGUCUGAGAGAGUGUCAUGUGUGUGCGUGUGCAGGGCGGGAAUGUCUAUGGCAUGUAUCGUCCGCAGGGAUUCAGUGCAGUUGAGGACACCGUAAGCGACGCUUCACUCACACACGAGGGAGGGAGGCCAUCCAUGCAUUGCGUGCAGGCCUGUACUGCAUCCGCCUUGUCUUGUCUGUCUGCGAUCGUUCAGGAUUUCCCGACGCUGGGCAGCGCUGCAGGCGAUGACAAGUUCACCCCCAGCAAGCAGCAGCAACAGCAGCAGAAGAAGAAGGGCAAGCAGAAGUUCACCAAAGUCGACAACAAAGACUUCUUCGGCGGCACCAAUGUCGCUGCCAGUGGUGCAACCAACGCCAACCCUUCAUCAGCCCAAGACACCAAUGCAGCAAACGUAAGAGCAGAGCACUCACACACACAUACAUAUACACAUGACUGACUGACGCCCCAAACGGCAAACGUCUCUCAUCUCAUCUGUGUGUCCGUGUCGUGUUGUGUGUCUGUCAGGAUGCCUCUGGUGUGUGGGAUCGCCGCCCCAUGAUGGGCGGCAAGGGGCCCUCAAUCGACACUCACGACGAGAUCGACACGGCACGCGGCGAUUCCCACAACCCCAAGGCCAACGACGACGGCGGCGAGGGCUUCUGGGACACCGCCGACGCCCAACACGACUCCAGCAUGUGGGACAACGAGCCACCCACGACCGGCAGAGCCCCCCACUCCCGCCACCCCCAACACAACGGGGCAUCCAAGGGCGUGUGGGACGACCCCCACCCGACAUCUGCAGCUGUGGCGGCCGCACCCGCAUCGACCGUGGAGAGCGGCCCCUUCCCUUCCCUCUCCCUGACUCCCAAGGCCACACCGCAGCAGAACUCCAUCAAUCCCAACAACACACGCGUCUCGCCAGGCAGCGGCGGCGGGAUUGGCCGCGGCAAGCGCCAGAGCAGUGGCAGCGGCCCCUGGGAAAAGGCCAAUACCGGUGCAACGGGUGGUCCCAAAGGUGCGGCAGAGUUCCCGACCCUGGGUGGCGCUCAGACGCCUGGGUCUGACGGUGGGGAGGUGGACAGGGCCGAGGGGCGACAGAAGAAAAAGAAGGGUCGCGGCGAGGAGCCCGGGGCAGCAGCAGCAGCUGCUGCUGCUGGUGGUAGCGGUGGCGGUGGGAUUCCUGCGCCCAUUGUGGACAUCCCCAGCGAGAUUCCGAAACGUGAGGAGAGAGAGGGAGGAGUGGACGGAGCAUCUCAGUGAGUGCUGCAUCGGUCAUCGUUGUGUGGGUGUCUGUCUGUUCAGCGGUGUGUGACGUGAUUCAUCGCUACCACCUCAGCGACACGUUCAUGACCCCGGAGAUCCUCAACUACGUCAGCUCGAUGGUCAGCGACCCGCGAGACCCACAGAUCAAAUCAAUGCUCGCACGUACACACACAGACAGAUGGCCGGUUUGUCCGUCUGUCUGUAUGUGUGUGCAGAGCAUCAGCGACCUGGAGGACUUCAUCGACAGCAACCUCACGACCAGCCUGCCCCUGGAGAAGUCCAAGGAGAUCGCCAGAGCCCUCAACGGCGCACUAAAGCAAUCUCACCUGCAACACAACAAUGGUACGCACUCCACGCAUCCAUCACACCAACACACCACCAGCAUCGGGCACACACACGCACAUCGUGCCGUCAUGUCUCCCUCUUCGUACUGCAGACAUCCCCUCCGGCCCUUCCACUGAGUCCUUCCCGGACCAGCAGCCGUCCCCCCCUCCAUCGGCCACCCCUCCGUCAGGCACCAACAAUCCCUCUGGUGGCGGCACCAGCCGUGGCGGCCGUCGUCGCAAGGGCAGCAAGGGCCAGAAGGUGGACCCCUCCAUGAUGGGAUUCAUCACCAAACCGCCGCCACGAGUGACCGACGACUGACUGACUGACAAGGGGAGGAAUGGACGAGCUGUUGCGGGGCGGCGCAGUUGGAGCGGUCGGUCGGCCGAUCGAUCGGUCCAUCCGCCACUCACUGACUGAUCUGUAGUGUACGAUAGGAG